AUAAUCCUUUAGUAACAAUUAAAAAUAUCUUGUGUAUAGAAAUAAUUCGGAGUAACAAAAAUGAAUACCUAUAACAUUGUUUCAAUUCUAUUGUUAAUUAGUUUAGUGCAAAUUUAUGGUACACCAAUAUUACCAUACGAACAUGCGAUUAAAACAAGUGCUAUACGUGACCAUGCCUUACAAAAAGGUACAGCAUUAUUUGAUCAAGCAUCAAAGAAAGGUGUAACCGGAGAACAAGCUGUUAGUGGUUUUGCCGAAGACGAAGGAAAAAAAUAUGAACAUUCACAAGCUGGUGGACAUUUUGAUCAUGCCGAUGCUUUCAAGAAAGCACAUCAACUAUCAGAUAAUUUCAAUGAUGAAAACUUCCAUAAAAUCCAAGGUGGUUCAUUAGCAGAUGCAGGCAAAAAAUUAUCCCAUAAGAAAGGACACCAUAAAUCAGGAUUCCAUAACAGCUAUCACAAAGAUGAAUCCUCCGCCAAUUCCAGUUUUUACGAUGACGCUAACGACGAAGGUGGCGAACAAUAUUAUAAUUCAAACAAAGGAAUUUAUGGUGAUGCUGCUCAAAAAGCUGUCCACGGUGGACAUGUCGAUAAUAAAUUACUAUCAAAUGGUGUUGGAGAACAUGCCGGAUACCAUAAAGGAACUGAUUACGAAUCCGAACGUGGUGGUAACAAAAAAUAUAACCAGGGACAAUAUUACGAUGAUCGUAAUCAACAUGCUGUCAGUAAUUUGGGUAAUCAAUAUGGUGAACACGGUAUUGCCCAAGAACAAGCUUACAAACAUCAAAUUCCUGGAUAUUAUGGUGGAGCAUACCCACCAACUGUUGUAGCCAAAACUAUUCCUGUAGCUGUGCCAGUUCCAACACCAGUUGUACAUCAUCCCAUACGACACCCAGCUCCCGUGUACGAUGAGCCAAAAAUAACAAUUUAUGAAGAUCCUCGGUAUCCAUACGAACAAGGUGCAUACUACGAUGAUCGUAUUGAUUAUAAACCUGCACAUUAUUAUAACCAACAACCAGCCUAUGAUUAUUACUACUAGUAUUUUUCCAGGCUAAGUCAUAAUAAUUUGUAAAGCCAAACAUUUUUGUA